AUGGGGAUCAUCUCACCGAUCUACCAAGUCUCUCUCUCGCUCCAGGUCCUCGUCGACACCUGUGCCUACGUCGCCAUCUUCGUCCCCAGGUACGACCACUUCAAGGCCUCGCUCGAGAACUCCAUGCUCGCCAUCUACGAGGGCGUCUCUCUCCCUCGGGGUGCACGUCGCCUUCUGCCGCGGCGUGGGUGGACUACUGCCCCGGGCGACUACGAGGACCCCCCUCUCGCCUUCCCUCGGGCUACGCCGCCCGCGCCCCGCCUUCGCGAGUGGUUCACGGGGCCCAUAGGGAAGUUUUGCGAGGACCCUCACGGGGGUGACGUCGGUUUCAAGCUUGCGUUUGGGUUUGCUGCCGUCUCCUACCUGGUGCUGCGCACGGUGGAGAAGAGGCACUUCUGGAAGUGA